AUGUGUGAAAAAGAGGAACUAUGUAACUGUGAUCUGGCGAGAUCCGGUUUCUUCCAGAAGAAGGGCGAGUACAUCUGCACGGCAGACUAUCAGCGUCUGUACGGCACACGCUGCGACCGCUGCAACAGCUUCAUCACGGGAGAGGUGGUCUCCGCUCUGGGACGCACCUACCACCCCAAGUGCUUUGUCUGCAGUGUCUGCAGUAAACCCUUCCCCAUUGGAGACAGAGUGACGUUCAGUGGAAAGGACUGUGUGUGCCAGCAGUGCUCCCGAACACUCGGCAAGCCAAAUGAACCGAUCAAGAUCCAGGGACCCAGCCACUGUGCCGGGUGUGGAGCAGAGAUCAAGCAGGGUCAGUCUCUCCUGGCGCUGGAGAAGCAGUGGCACGUCAGCUGCUUCAGAUGUCGCACCUGCAACAUGGUCCUCACCGGAGAGUACAUCAGCAAGGAUGGAGUGCCAUACUGUGAGGCAGAUUACCACGCCCAGUACGGGGUGAAAUGUGAGACCUGCAGCAGAUACAUCAGUGGAAGAGUUCUGGAGGCGGGGGGGAAGCACUACCAUCCAACCUGCGCCCGAUGCUCCCGCUGUAACCUGAUGUUCAAAGAGGGAGAGGAAAUGUACCUGACAGGUUGUGAGGUGUGGCACCCAUUAUGCAAGCAGGCAGCGAGGGCCGAGAGGAGACUCAGGCACAGACGCCUGUCGGAGGCCUCCAUCUCUCCACCGGGCUCCUCCAUAGGCUCUCCCAGCAGGGUUAUAUGCGCCAGAGUGAAGAAUCAGUUCCUAGAUUAUAAGGACCUAGCUGCCCUGCCAAAGGUCAGAGCCAUAUACGAGGUCCAACCGCCAGACCUCAUAUCCUCCUCUUACCAGCCCUACCACAGAUACACCUCUGAGGACAGGCUAGAACCUUACGGCUAUGGGGAGUCACUUGGGACACUCUCCCCCUAUUCUCAGGACUACGACAGCCUGGAUAUAAAGCAGAGACGUUGCUCCAGUCCAGGUUAUAUUGACUCGCCAACGUAUAGUCGUCAAGGCAUGUCACCCACCAUGCCUCGCUCUCCGCAGCACUAUGCCUACCCUGGCUCUGAGAGUGGCAGGAGUUCACCUUAUUACGGCCAAGAGGAGCGCUCAAGCACACCCACCACUAACCAGCCCCCUAAACAUUUUCAUGUACCAGCCACAGGGGACCCCUACAUCUACAGGAAGCCUCCCAUCUAUACGAGAACGGCCAUGAAAAGCAGGACAAGCGAGGACAUUCUCCGAUCCUCCAGACUGUCCACCUACUCUCCUGAGCCAUACACCCAGUCAGAGGCUGACUACUACCCGUACACCAGCUCCCCCAGGGCCUAUCGUGUGCCAAAAAGACGCUUCUCGACAGGAGGAGAUGAAGAGAGUUGGAGUAACAGUCUUCAAAGAAUCGGGAGUGGCAUCGGGAGGAUGAUCCUAAAGGAGGAGAUGAAAGCAAGAUCUGGUUCCUAUGACAACGACCCCUGGGGCAGUGCGAGGAAUUCUCGUUGUGGGAGCAAGGAAACACUCAACACUACAGGCUACGGCACCUCGACAUACAACAACACUGUCAACGGAUCUCCCAGAUCUCAGUACAGCGCUGAUAGUGAUUUAGUUUGUAAGUCCUCCUCGCUACCAGGAUACGGACGCAACGGGAUCCAGAGGCCCCAGAGUGCAGAUUGCUAUCAGUACCAGCAUGAAAGUGGCAGCGAAGUCAAUUGGGGAGGCAAAGAAUACACGAUUUUCCCCUAUGAGGCGCUCAUUGUCACCACCAGAGGUCGCAUCAGGCUGCCCAAAGAUGCAGACCGUGCCAGACUGGAGGUGAGUUAUGAAUGG